AUGGUGGUGGCUUCGGACUUACCCACCGUUCGUGUGUCGAACAUACCUCAAUCUGCCACCGCCAAAGAACUCCUUCAAUUCAUCGACUCCGCCGUGGGUCCCACCUCCGUCUUCGCCCUCGAAAUCUUCAGCGACCACGACAACUGGAAGUCUCGCGGCAUAGGGCGCGUGCAGUUCGAGACCUUCGACGCCAAAUCACGCGCCCUCUCUCUCUCCCUCCAAAACCAACUCCUCUUCAAAUCCCACUUCCUCCGACUCUCCGAAACCUACGAAGACAUCAUCAUCAGGCCUCCCCUUCCCCGAAACCGCGUGGAGAACAGCGCCCUGUACGCGGGUUUCAUGGUCGGCGAUGACCGCAUGAGUGUUCUGGAGUCGUGGGAAGGUGUCAGAGGUUGGGUAAUGCCACAAAGGAGGAAGCUUGAGUUCUGGGUAUCUCAUGAUUCUCACUCUUACAAACUUGAGAUUAUGUUUGAAGACAUUUUGGAGGCUAAUGGGUAUUGUUCUGGAGAUUCCAAACUCAAUACCCUCAUCUUAAAGCUGAAAUAUGGUCCAAGGAUCUAUCAGAAAAAAAUCGGGCCAAAUGUAGCAGCAAAGUUUAAGGCUGAUAGGUACCAUUUUUGUAAGGAGGAUUUUGAAUUUCUUUGGGUGCGCACCACUGAUUUCUCGGCUAUGAAGUCUAUUGGGCACUCUACAUCGUUUUGCUGGGAAAUUGAGCAAGAAACAUUAGCUUCAGAUAUUUUUCAAUGCUUGCCACUCUAUAGAGAAAAUUUGAAAGACCUUACUCUGGAAGAUGGGGAGGAAUUCUGUUCUUCAACAGAAACAGUUCCACUUGUUAAGUGUCGUUCGGAUUCUAAGUUGCCAUAUGAGAUCCUUUUCCAACUGAAUUCCCUUGUUCACACCCACAAGAUUAGUCUUGCUUCGGUGGAUGAUGAAUUGAUGGACUUGUUAGGAAGCUUAAAUGAAGAAGCUAAAGCCGUGAUUUUUCAGAAAUUGCACAAGCUGAACUCUACUUGUUACGAGCCUCUUAAGUUUGUUAAGACUCAAUUACAUGUGCUAAGUAGCAAGAGUGCGAGUCCUCUGCCAUCAUCGCAUAAAAGGUUGACGGAUAAUAACAUAAUGAGUUGUCAUAGAGCCUUGAUUACCCCAUCAAAGAUUUAUUGCCUCGGUCCUGAGCUUGAAACCUCAAAUCAUGUGGUAAAGCAUUUUGCCUCAUAUGCUUCAGACUUCAUGAGGGUUAAUUUUGUUGAAGAGGAUUGGAGUAAGCUUCCAACUAAUGCAGUAUCAACCGGUGUGCAAAAGGGAAUCUUUUCAAAGCCUUUUAAAACUGAAAUACAUAAGCGGAUAUUGACGAUUCUUCGUGAUGGGAUUGUAAUUGGAUUGAAAAGAUUUGAGUUUCUGGCUUUCUCGGCUAGUCAACUGCGAUCAAAUUCUGUUUGGUUGUUUGCUUCUAAUGACAAUGUGAAAGCAGCAGAUAUAAGAGAUUGGAUGGGAUGCUUCAACAAUAUUCGCAGUGUUUCUAAAUGUGCAGCAAGGAUGGGUCAGUUGUUCAGUUCUUCCAUGCAAACUUUUGAAGUGCCCACUCAAGAUGUGCAGAUAAUUCCAGAUAUUGGAGUUAGCUCUGAUGGUAUAAACUACUGUUUCUCAGAUGGUAUUGGAAAAAUUUCCCAAUCUUUUGCAAGGCAAGUCGCUCAAAAGCUAAAAUUGGAUCAGAGUAAGAUUCCAUCAGCAUUUCAAAUUCGGUAUGGUGGAUAUAAAGGUGUCAUUGCUGUUGAUCGCCGUUCGUUUAGGAAGUUAUCAUUGCGUAGGAGCAUGCUUAAAUUUGAAUCCAAUAACAGGAUGCUUUGUGUCACUAAAUGGAGUGAGUCGAUGCCUUGCUUUCUCAAUCGAGAGAUUAUAUCCCUCCUGUCUACCUUAGGAGUAAAAGAUGAGGCGCUUUUGGCAAUGCAACAGGAACAAUUGCAAUUGCUAGGUAGGAUGUUGACUGAUAGUGAGGCGGCUUUGGAUGUCUUGGAAAGUUUAAGCGGAGCUGAUUCAAAAAGCAUUCUUGUGAAGAUGUUGCAUGCAGAUUAUGAGCCAAACAGUGAGCCUUAUCUGUCAAUGAUGCUUAAGGCUCAUUAUGCAUACCAAUUAUCUGAUUUGAAAAGUAGAUGUCGAAUACUUGUGCCCAAGGGUCAAGUAUUACUGGGUUGCUUGGAUGAAACUGGUCUUUUGAAUUAUGGCCAAGUAUUUGUCCGCAUAACCGUGGCAAAAACUAAGCAAAAAUUUGGAGAUGAAAACUUAAGGAAAGUGGAUGGUGAUGAUAGCACACGUAUAAUAGUGGGGAAGGUGGUGGUCGCAAAAAAUCCUUGUCUUCACCCAGGAGAUAUCAGAGUCCUUGAUGCUAUCUACAAUGAAGAAUUAGAGGAAAAAGGUUUGAGGGAUUGCCUUGUAUUUCCACAAAAAGGACAUAGACCUCAUCCAAAUGAAUGCUCUGGGGGUGAUCUUGAUGGAGAUUUAUUUUUCAUAAGCUGGGACAAAGAUCUGAUCCCAUGUCAAACUGAUGCUCCAAUGGACUACACUGGAAGGAGGCCUCGUAUAAUGGACCAUGAGGUGACACUAGAGGAAAUCCAACAAUUUUUCGUUGAUUACAUGAUCAAUGAUACUUUGGGUGCUAUCUCUACCGCACACCUUGUUCAUGCUGACCGUGAACCAGACAAGGCCAGGAGUAGAAAAUGCCUGGAGUUGGCGGAGCUUCAUUCCAUGGCUGUUGACUUUGCAAAGACUGGAGCACCUGCUGCAAUGCCUAGAGUUUUGAAACCAAGAGAGUUUCCAGAUUUCAUGGAGAGGGUGGACAAGCCUAUGUAUAUCUCCAACGGGGUACUAGGAAAACUUUAUCGUGCCAUAAUCGAGUCAAAAUUGCAAGUAAGAUCUGACUUUGUCUGGUCAGAGAAGCUUACUGAAGAAACAUAUGAUCAUGGUCUUGAAGUUAAUGGUUUUGAGGUCUUCCUUGAGACUGCAUCAAGUCACAAAGAAAUGUAUGCACAGAAGAUGAGCAGUUUAAUGAACUUCUAUGGUGCAGAGACUGAGGGCGAAAUGCUAACCGGUAACUUGCAAAACCGUGCUUCAUAUUUGCAGCGUGAUAACAGGAAAUACGGAGAUAUGAAGGAUCGGAUUCUGCUUUCAGUGAAGAAUCUUCAGCGUGAAGCUAAAGAAUGGUUUGAAACAAGUUGCCCUCCGCAUGAAUAUCAACCUUUGGCUUCUGCAUGGUAUCAUGUGACCUAUCACCAGAGAUAUUACCAGGAAAACUCCAGUUUUUUAAGCUUUCCAUGGAUAGUUGGUGACAUUUUAUUGCACAUAAAGUCUGUAAACAGUAGGGUUCAGGAAUGACGGCUUGCUCCAAUGCUCCAUGCAUCUUUGUUUCUUAUCUGAACAAAACCCAUUUUGAUCAAGGGUGGGGGAUCUUGUGAGUAUCUGAAAUUUCUUUUGGCAUAAAUUUAUGAUUAUUUGGGCACAAUAUGUAACGGAAUAUGUAGGACCUAGCCCAUUAAUACUGGCAUGCGCCCAAAGAGGAAGGCUAAGCAACCCAAACAUCCAUGAGA